AUGGCCGCCCUCGCUCUGAUGAGCCUCAUGCAGAGGACCGACCCCUUGGGAAAUGAGCUGGACCGUCGAUUGACCAGCGAUGUCACUUUGGAUAUUGACCCGCUCCCCAAGGUCCAACGGCAGGGUCUUAUUGCCGUCGCCGUUAUGGCCUUCCUCUCAUUCCUUGCCACAGGAGGCCUUAUUUCCUUCAUUACCUACCGAUUGCUCUUUUGGAAAGGAAACUACCAAAGAUACAUCGGAUACAACCAGUAUAUCGUUUUGAUUUACAACCUGAUUCUGGCAGAUUUCCAACAAUCCCUUGCCUUCCUAAUUUGCCUCAAAUGGAUUGUUUCCGACAAGAUCAAGUCCGGCACUGCUGGAUGCUUCCUGCAAGGUCUCUGGCUUCAGAUUGGUGAUCCCGGAUCCGGUCUGUUUGUGCUCGCUAUCGCCUUCCACACUUUCCUGCUUGUCGUAUGGGGCAAGAAGCUGUCCCACAGAACCUUUGUCUUCUUCGUCGUCGGCGUCUGGGCCUUCAUCGCCCUCAUCGUGAUCAUUCCUCUGGGCAUGUAUGGAGCCGAUGUCUUCGUUCCCUCUGGUGCCUGGUGCUGGAUUAGCGAGGAAUACGAGACUGUUCGUCUGUGGACUCAUUAUAUCUGGAUUUUCCUUGCUGAAUUCGGAACUGUGUGCCUGUACGCUGUGAUGUACUUCCAGCUUCGACGACAGAUUGCUGCGUCUUCCAUUCUUGGAAACAGCCAGCUUGAGAGUUUGAAGCGGUUGAGACGAGUGGUCGGAUACAUGACUAUCUAUCCCAUCGUUUACAUCGUUCUAUCACUGCCACUUGCUGCUGGUCGUAUGGCUACAGCUAACGGCAGUGCUCCCUCCAUCACAUUCUUCUGCUGUGCCGGUGCUAUUAUGACCAGCUCUGGACUCGUCGAUGUGACUCUCUAUACCCUUACCCGCCGCGCUCUUAUCGUCGACUCCGAGCCCAGCCACGACCGCUCCUACAACAAGUUCGCCAGCAGCAAAGGACGCGACAACAACCUGACAACUAUCACCGCCGAUCCUGCCAAUCGCAAGAUGGGCCUUAGCGAUGAGACCAUCAUCGAGCGGGAGGGCUCGACCGACAACAUCGUGCAGCCGGGCGUCGAGAUGACCCCAAUUGGCAAGGUGUACCAGGAGACAACGAUCGAAAUCACAACCGAGCCGGCAUAUGGUGGCGAAGGCUCCAGCGAGCGCUCGAGCAAAGACGACUUCCAGAAAGCCGACUUCAAUGAAGCCCCAUCGCGAACGAUGUGGCGACGAUAA